UUGGUGCGGCAAUCCCUUCUCCGCCCUACCUAUGCUUUGCGUCGCCAUCUCCUUCCUUGCCUUCCUUCGUGUUCCCUUCCCUUCCCCAACACAAGCCCGGCGCAGCGCAUACAUACAUACACAUCGACUCAACUUCCCUCUUCCUCCACCGAAAGUCCAACCUUUUCGCUCCCAAUCCACCACCCAUCGCCCACCACCAAUCCCCCCCUCUCCCUCGUUCGCUUGAUUCGAUCAGAGAGAGCCCCGCCACCGCCACCGCCACCGCCACCGCCACCAGACCUCGACCAGUCAAUCCCCUCUAGGGUUUCGCCUAUCGCGCCGCCCAAUCGGAUCCACCUCCAAUGAUGACGAUGAGCGAUGACGGAGACCGCACCUGCCCGCUCUGCGCCGAGGAGAUGGACAUCACUGACCAGCAACUCAAGCCCUGCAAAUGUGGCUACGAGAUUUGUGUCUGGUGCUGGCACCACAUCAUUGACAUGGCUGAGAAAGAGGACACAGAGGGGCGCUGCCCUGCCUGCCGCACACGCUAUGACAAGGACAGGAUUGUUAAGAUGGCUGCCACGUGUGACAGAACGGUAGCAGAUAAAAAUACAGACAAGAAGCAGAAGACCCAAAAGGUUAAGUCAAAGACACUGACUGUGGAAGCUAAGAAGCAUCUGGCCAGUGUCAGAGUUAUCCAGAGAAACCUGGUCUACAUAAUUGGGCUACCUGCAAAUUUAUGCAAUGAGAGUGUACUUGAGCGCAGGGAAUACUUUGGUCAGUAUGGAAAGGUUUUGAAGGUUUCAGUUUCUCGUCCAACUGGGGCUCCUUCCCAGCAGACAUCAACGAACAACGGUAUCAGCGUAUAUAUUACUUAUGCCAAAGAAGAAGAGGCCAUCCGGUGUAUUCAGGCUGUACACAAUUUUGUCUUGGAAGGGAAAGUGCUAAGGUUAGCCUUAUACCUUGUCUCUUCUCUAGCAGUUUUGCACAAUAUUGUUAUUCUAAUGGUUUUCUAUUGUUGCAGAGCAUGCUUUGGCACCACGAAAUAUUGCCAUGCAUGGCUGCGGAACAUGACAUGUGGGAAUCCAGAUUGUCUCUAUUUGCAUGAUGUAGGCAGUCAGGAGGAUAGUUUCACUAAAGAUGAGAUAAUCUCAGCUUAUACCAGGAGUAGGGUUCCUCAAAUGGCGUCUAGUGUUUCCCAAAGACGUGCAGGAACUGUAUUGCCUCCUCCAGCAGAGGAUUUCUCUUACAGUGCGGUGGUUUCAGCCAAACAUACAAUCAAGAAUGGAACAACUAAUACCACAGGCCAGUCAAGACUGUCACCUCCAAACAGUAGUUCAGGGAGGUCCACGCUUCCAUCAGCUACUUCAUGGGGGCAUCGUGAUUUGAACACACGGACAACCGCGACUGAGGUGGCGUCCUCACAAUCUCUUACUAAAUCAAAAGCAGAGGCGCAUAGUAAUUCACUUUCAAGUUCUUCUAUGAUUUCGAAUUCAAGACUACCUUCUUCAUGGAAUGAUGAUACAAGCACAGUACUGAAAAUGACUGAAGGACGGCAAGUAUCAGAACGAGAUAGUUUGUCUAAAACCUUGAAGCCAUAUAGACCUGGUAUUGCAAAGGAAACCCAAGCUGUGACAUCAUUGGAGUCUUCGUUGGACAUAGACUUUUCUACAAUACCUUCAGCCUGGAAUGAUGAUGAAGUUGUAGCAUCAGAUGAGACUUCAAAAGGAAGUGAGGAAAAGCAAGUUGUAAAUGGAAAGUUUUUUCCUUCAGCAUCCUCAAAACCAACGGAACCGGGCCAGAUUGGGUCUAAGUCAUCAACAUCACCAAAGAAUGGCGAAGCCGUAAACAGUUCCAAGCAAAAUCUUGCAGAUUGUGUGCCACAUUCAGCAAUAUCUGGUUCUGUUUUAAAGAGGGAUGAGGGUGAGAAUAGACCUGGGGACACAGAAGUCGAGAAGUUGUCUGUUGGGGUAACUUCAGUAACUUUAGAUAGCAAAGAUACAGUUCAUAGUAUGGAAGAAAACCAACAGCUGGGUGCAGUUCCCAACACUUCCGCCGUGGUGCCUUUAAGUCAAAGUUUGAAGAAGGAACAAUCUCAUUUGAAGCUUGCUGGGCUUUCAUCAUCAGAAAAUAAGGACCCUGUACUUUCUUGUCAAUCUAGUUCUGAUAAGCAUCUUGACUGGAGCUCAGAGCUGCAAAGUUGUCGUGUGGCUUCUCCUUUGAAUGACAUAUGGAAUUCUUCUGUGGCCACUGAUAAACCCCAUGCCACUGCUAACACAUCACAUAUUUCUUUGUGGAAUGAUAAAGAAAUUAACCCUACUUCGACAAGUGAUGGUAGAACUUCUGGCACCAUGCUGCAAACCAGGUUAUCUUCAACUGAAAAUGCUUCUACCAUGUUGAAUGGACGUCGUGAGGGGCUAGGACCUAUGUAUACACCUGAUAUGGUUUCUGAACAUUCUGGUAUGCGAAACCACCAGCAUAGAGCACUGGAUGCAGCAAGAAAUGAUAACAUAGGCAGUUUUGGCAACGCUGUAAGUGGAAAUAAAGACGAGGGCAGCAUAAUUUCUGAUAUAUUGUCUUUGGAGUUUGAUCCAUGGGAUGAGUCGUAUUCAACUGCGAACAAUUUUGUUAAGAUGCUUAAUGAAUCUGAAAAGAACGAUGCACUUUUCAACGCACCUUCAUGGAAAUCAAAAGGCACCAGUAAUGAGUCUAGAUUUUCGUUUGCUAGACAGGAUAACCAACGGAACUUCCAAGAUUCAUCUUUCAGAAAUUGUGGCACUGAUCAGAAUUUUAGCUUGCUAUCCCAGAAUUCUCAUGGCAACAGCUAUCAGAAUGGUGUUGCAUUCCAAUCGCCGGAGGAAGAUUUUUCAAAGAGCAAUCCUCUUGCUAUGUCAGAUAUAGCAACUGCUGGGUCUUCAAGGUCUAAAAUAUCUGCACCUCCUGGAUUCGCGGCACCAGCUAGAGUCCCACCUCCUGGAUUUUCAUCUCAGGACGGGUUGAAUCCCCCACCUGGAUUUUCUUCAGGAUUCUCAUCUCAGGAUAUGUUGAAUCACCCUCAUGGAUAUCCUUCGGGAUUUCCAUCUCAGGCUGGAUCUAAUCCCCCUCAUGGAUUUUCAUCUCAGGCUGGGUCGAACCCGUCUCGUGGAUUUAAUUCUGGAUUUUCAUCCCAGGAUGGGUCUAACAAUAUUCCUCCUGGGUUUUCUUCUGCGUUUUCUGCUGGGUUUUCAUCCCAGAAUGGGUCUAACCAGGCGUAUGGCUCCACAUUCUCAGAAACUCGUCUACUUGAUAAUCUUUUUGGUAGCCACACCAAUCAGUAUCAACCUCAGAUAUCUAGACACACAAGUGACAUAGAAUUUAUUGAUCCUGCUAUAUUGGCUGUGGGCAAAGGGCGGAUGCCAGGAGUUAGUGAUUCAGGGUUGGAUUUGAAAAACACUCCUUUUCCAGCACAAUUGCAGACAUCGAAUAAUGAUCCAAGACUUCAACUACUUAUGCAGCAGAGCAUGCCCUCUCAUCAAAACCUCAGAUAUACUGACCAUGUUCAAGAUGCAUUCAACCCUAUUCAGAAUGAUAAUUAUCUGACAUCCCGACUUCUGCCACAGAACCAUGGUUCUCUAUCCCCUUAUGCACAGAUGUCACUCCAACAACCUAGAAACUCACAGCUUGCAAAUGGUCACUGGGAUGGCUGGAGUGAUUUGAGACAGGGGAAUAAUGUUCCCAUGUCGGACAUGUCAAGGAUGUUAUAUCCAACUGAAGCUAACAACUUUCACAUGCUGGGUUCAAAUGAUAUGUAUAACAGAACCUUUGGACUUUAAUUGUCUUUGAAGGUGAAUAUUGACCUCUCCGCGUCUAUUUUGGGCGUGUCUCUUGUUCUGAAAGUAACUGGUUGCACAGUGCUUGUCUAAUGGUUGUGCUUAUGAGCUGGUACGUGAAAGUUCUACUGGAAGGCAGUUGAUGCAAAUGUGCCGACAUGAUCCUGAGUUUGAACUAGAUCUUCCAAGCACAAGGUUCCUUUCUAGGCGAAGUCAUACAUGAACAGGUGGUCCUUGAAGUAUAUGGAUACAUAUGGUUUGGGUGCGAUGGAAGCUGGCUUGAGAAGAGAGAUACCGUUUAGCGUGUAUGUUCUAUUUCGCCAUCGUAGCUGUGUAAAUGUUUUCUUGCCUUGGGGAUUCGAGAGACUCCUCUGUACAUGAUUUUGUAACUUGCCGCUGGUAGGUCUUUUGUGGUGCAUAGAAAGCUCAUGUUUUGGUGUGGGGUUUGUUGAAUCAAAAACUGAAAGCAAAUGUGACAAUCAUCUAUAGCUCAACUGACAAUUGUUUGGCAUCAAACUGAAGGAAGGUUUUUGACUACA